UGUCAAGAAUGGGAACUUCCGCCACACGGAGGGAGCAUGUUCCAUUGUACGAGGUUUUCCGAACGAGUACCGCGAUUGUUGAGGAGUAGACAGUUAAAUGCGUGAUUUUUUUAUUUAAAAAAGUUGUUUCGUACGCUACUAGCGGCUAUCCACUUUUAGCUGAGAAUAAACGCGAGGUUGUUGUCGCAUGCGGAAGAGUAACGGGGGGUAGCAGGGGCUAAACCGCGGCGAUCUUACCAAAGGAAUUUUCUGCACCAGCGGCAGCGUUGAAUGUCCUGCUAGCAGAAAGCAGUCCUAGCGAACUGUUUUGUAUUGUGGAUCCGGUGGAGAUCUGUCAGAAUAUGCCUGUAACUCGGGGACAUCGCGCUUCGAAAUAAGUCCGGACCAUACAACAGGAGCUGUUAGCCCGAGAGCUAGCCACUUAGCCCGAGUUAGUUAGCUAGCCGCCGCUAACACGAUUGGCUUUCACAAAAGGGCACCGCGCUGAGCACCGCUGAGCACUUUGAAGCCCGUCCUCUAUUGUGUUCCCUUUUUUUUUUUUUUUUUUUUUACAUAACAUUUUAAUUCUUGGACUACCGGAUUCAGUUCCUCAAAGCUGGACAGGAUGAAUGGAUUCAGCACAGAGGAGGACAGCCACGACGGACCGCCUGCUCCUCCGUUUUAUGGACAGAGCUGCUGUCUGAUCGAGGACGGGGAGCGGUGCGGCCGGUCAGCUGGAAACGCCUCCUUCAGCAAGAGGAUCCAGAAGAGCAUAUCGCAGAAGAAACUCAAACUGGACAUCGACAAGAGCGUGCGACAUCUCUACAUCUGCGACUUCCACAAGAAUUUCAUCCAGAGCGUCCGCAACAAGAGGAAGAGGAAGACCAGCGACGACGGAGGGGAAUCCCCGGAUCAUGAUGUGGAGGUGCCCGAGGUCGACCUCUUCCAGCUGCAGGUGAACACGCUGAGACGCUACAAGCGACACUACAAGCUGCAGACCAGGCCCGGCCUCAACAAGGCCCAGCUUGCAGAGACGGUGAGUCGUCACUUCAGGAACAUCCCGGUGAACGAGAAGGAGACUCUGACUUACUUUAUUUACAUGGUGAAGAGCAGCAAGAGUCGCUUGGACCAGAAAGGCGAUGGCGGCAAACCACUGGACUAACCCCUCCCCCUGCAGCAGCAGCAGCUACAACCACAACCGACAAAACCUGGACUACAGCAGCGACAACCAAAUCCAGCUCCUCCCUCCCGACCCCCCGACCCCCCCCUCUCCCCCCCCCAAACGCCAGAACACGGACUCGCGUUUGUCCUCGCAGGACGUUAAACCGAAGCGGAGGAGAAUCGGAACGAAUUCACGCGCUUCAGUGGCUUCUGACUUGUCCGAGGUUCGUAAAGACUGUCGACGGCCAGGACUCGCCCCGCGGACCCUCGCGUCGUCCGACUGUGACCUAACUUGUCUAUAUGUACAAAAAAGAACCGCCUCCAAUCUCAAAUAAGUAGGUUGAAUGAAAUGUAUAAUAUAGCUGCCUUAAUAUGAAACUUUUUUUUUCUAUUUUAAAAUCUGAAAUGAAUGGAUGGUUGGAAAGGGGGCGCCACCUUUACUUGAGUCAGAACGUCAGGGCUCGGGUUCAGUUUGAAACGCAAAACUAAUAAAUAAAUCAAUAAUGUUUAAAGCUAAAUUAAAAAUAAAUAAAUAAAUAAAUAACUGAACCAGGUUCUGAAAGUGAAAUUUUAAAGUCGCCUUUUUUCCCCCCACAAAUGGAUGUUCCUGCUUGUCAGUUGUUUUCUUGUAUGUAUGAACACAUGUGUUGGUAGCUACGUUCAUUUUUACUUUCUCUUUAGUUCGGCCUUAAUUCUAAAAGUUGUAUAAAGUCUGCAUUUAUGGUUUUGAUUUAUCCAUCUUUAUUUUUUAUGUUGUUUUUUUUUGUUUUUUUCUCUCACAUGAAGCGAAAGUUGUGCGUGCAUGAGGGAUAAUUACUGACAUUGUUAUUUUUAAUAUUUAAGGACAGUGUUUAUGUAUGGAUAUGUGUUACUUGUGGAUGCCUUCUGCCCACACGCCACCAGAGAGCAGAAAUCCCAAUUCGGAUCAGUUUUGGUGGGUGAACGCUUCAACGGUUCAAUAUUUAUAAAUGUUUGUCGUCCAACACAAUCAGUUUAGCACCAGAAUGGCAUUGCACAAGAACUGAGUUCGUCUAAAUUUUUAGAGUUUGCUGUCCACGGCUCCCCGAUGAAGCAGAGAAAAACUAAAAGAAUCUGAAUAUUUGAAUUGGAUCUUUUAAAUGCCUAAAACAGCCGCCUCUCUCUCCGGUGAAAUUAAAUGAAUCAAACCCUGCUGAAAAGUUUUAAUGCACUGCUGAAAGCCUCCGGGCAACGCACAACUUUGCUGUUUUACUCAGAAAAUUCCUCCGUCACCUGGUUCUCAAGUCAGUGACUUCAAGAAUUGUACACGCAGUUUGGUAUUUUUUGAUGUAUUUAACUUUGUCCACCACACUGAGUCUGCCUGCGUUCGACAGGGUUUCCUUUCUUCUUCUUUGUAUUUCUUUUUUUUUUUCUGUUAUACUUUCAGUUUUGCUUGUAGGUUUUGUUAGCGUCAUGUAGAUAAAAACCCAACUUUAUUAACACAUAGGUCACAUUAACCUUAAUUGUUGUAUUAGAAAAAAAAACAUAUUUAAGUACAGCUGCUUAUUGCUCCUAAUAUUAAUAUUAAUAAAUGUAUUGUACAGGCAGAAGAAACCGCCUCGUCUUUGUUCAUUUACACGUCCUUUGUCUUUCAUAUGUUCACAAUUUAUUUGGAAGUUUCAGCACAUGUAGACACGGUGACAAUUACAUUUGUUAGUGUUUAAAUUAUAGCAUCUUUAACCUCCUGAGAACGUUUCAUUUACAGCCUCCGACCACUAGGUGUCACUGUGGGUCCUUAAAUACAGAGCAGCAGGGCGGCGUUUUAUUUUAACUUAAUGUUUAUUAUUUGACUCAUUUGUUUGUUUUUCCCACUAUUUAGCUCUUAUUGAGAAUAACUAAUAUGUAAAUGAGGAAUUUAACAAACCGUAUUUUACGACUACUUCCUGUAACUCUACUAGGAAAUUUGAACAUACAAAUAAAUAAAUUAAAAAAAAAAUGAAAAAACACUUGAUACGUUGGAAAAAAAAUGUAGUCCUUAAAUAAAAUGUAACUUUUAAAAAAUCUGAGAAAAUUAUAAUCUUUGCAUUUAAAAAAAAAACAAAUUUCAGAAAAAAACAAUCCAAAUUAAAUCUGAAGGAAAACGUAUCUUUUCCCGUAGCUAAUAAAAUAAAAUACAGAAAAAUAUGAAACCUUAUAAAUGUAUAGAAUUUAAAUGGUUACUAUUUACCUACCGUGCGAUUUUUUUUAAAAGUAUUUUAUUAAAUACUUACUUAAAACGUAAAAACAAAAUUACGUUAGAAAAUAAGUUCUGAAUAUAAUAAGUAGAAAAAGAAUUGAAAAACACACUUCCACCACAACUGGAGUGUCUUAAAAUAAUUCAUUUAUUUACGGAACUAUAUAUAUAACUUCACAUCUAAUGCACGUUUCCAUCAACACUGCGCACAACAAUAAACCUUCUUUACUUGUUUUACAUGUCGCAGUGAAAGCUGCGUUAACUCUCCCAUGUGUCCUCCUCCCGCCGGACAGUGACUUCAGUGAUCUGAGGUAGAUUCGGGAAAUUCAAAAGUUUUGACAACUACAGUUUACAAGGCCAGCAGUUUUUACCUACUGGAAGAGAUCUGAAAUGAGGAGGAAAAAACGGAGCGAAUACAAAACGGGUCUCCUGUCGAAAAUGUGUUUCCUCUGGACAUGAUGGAUUUUUAUUUUUUAUUAAUUUAUUAUUACAUUUAAAAAAAAAAAAAAAAGGAAGGCUGGUUACAUUAGUCUGCUAUGAAUGAUUUCACUUGUUAGGCUUGGUCUGGUAUGUUCUGAAAAUCAUUUAAAUAAGUAAAUUUAAUAAAAGCAAUAAUAAUUAAUUUAAUAAAAGCUUUCAGACGUGGUAU